AUGAGCUCUCCGGAGGGCAUCACAGCCAAGUUUGGAGGCACGCAGUGGUAUGUCAAGAAGGCUUCCGAGAUGGGAUUGCACCAAAAGGAGCCAGUCUUCCUCGGGCUCUUUAUUGCAUGGCUCUUGACGGGGACGCUGUUCUACUCCUAUGCACCCGACUUUGGUUUGGGGUUUAUCAAGGGUUUCUAUAUGGCAAUUAACAUUGGGUAUUCCAUUGGGUUUGGGUAUCCGAUAGACCCCAAUACACGCUCCAUAUGGUUCAGUAUCUUUUACGUCUUGAUUGGGUCCAGUUUUGUGGGUGUGGCGCUUGGGUUCUUCGCCGAAAAAAUCACGGAAGACAGUGAAACUUGGUUUUCCAGACUGCAAGAUCAAAAGAAAAUUGAAGAUUUCAUCCUGCUGGGGAAAACGAGAUGGAGGGGGCGGAUACAUGCUUUUCUAUACCGGCAGCGAGCUGCCAUUCGAGCGGUCUUGGUCUGGCUGGCCCUGGUGGUUGUCUUGGUGAUCAUUAGUCUAUACGGAGUUGGAUGGACCUUCAAAGAGGGAUUGUACUUUUCCAUAUCCACAUUAUCCACGGGAGGACACUGGAUGAUACCCCAGGAAUCGCCACUAUGGUUGUAUGGUGUCACUGCAGGAAUAACGGCUAUUGGAGUACCUCUAAUGGCAUUAGCAAUGGCCGCGGUCGGAACGGCAUUGAUGGAUCAAGGAAAUCUAGAGGAGGCCAAAUCAGCCAUUGAUGAUCCCGUCACUCCAGAAGAGCUUCAGUUGAUGGAAGAUUUAGGGUUGGAAGAUGGGGACGGGAAACUAGAUCUUACCGAGUACGUUUUGCUGUGCAUGGUACGGAUAGGCACGGAUCCUGGGUUGCUCAGUUAUAUUCGACAACGCUUCAAGGAACUCAGCGACGAUGGAGAGAUUUUAACCAUUGAACAAGUGACGGAACGAGCGUAUACGCUCAAGGACGGAAAAAUCUUCCGAAUGAGUGCCGUGGAGCAACCCCCAGGAGGACUGCCCUUGGUAGAAGAAGAGGAAGAUGAUUUUAAGGACGAUACAAUCAGCUCGGUGGACAGUGAGAAAGAGACCGCUCCUGAGGGAGCCAUGAACCACGGCAAACUGUUAGAUAUGGAGGAGGGAUACCCUCAAGAAUGGAAGGGUGAAGUUGACGUCGACGACAUAGCCGACGAAAUGGAGACCAACAACAACCCACAGGAGGACACCAUACGGACCGUUCAAAUGCUUCCAGAUCAAUUUGAAGCACAUCAAUUCACAGAAAAAACAGUCCUUGUGGCUCGGCACCUUGAUGAGGGCGUUCGAUCGUUGAGGUCCCGAGACGACUUCGGGAUGGCUCUGCUGGAUAGAGAAUAUAUCAUGAACCGAGACGAAGAAAAGGCACUUUUGAAGGAAGCACGCAGACGAAUGCAGAUUCUUUUGGACCAAUCUUACAACGAAGAAGGGUGGACGUCCAAAGGAAGGAUCGCAGGAGUGAAAAUCUCGUCAAAGGAAGGGAUGGAUGGAGCUCCUUUGAACCUGGUCAAGGGGGAAACGGACUUCUACACCGAUUUUUCAUUGGACUUUGGGUGCGCUCAGUGGAAAUAG